AUAGAUGACAAGCCAACCAAACUUUCGUGAGUUUCGUUCAAUACAACAAAACUCAGGUCAUACCCCCUCGAAACUUCGACGAGAAAACACUCCCACUUUCUCGCCGUUUCCCCCCUCCCAAACACGGGUGCCCAUUCCCCCAUGGCCACCCCGCAGCUCUUCUCCUCCUUCAAAUACUCCGACGGCCUAACCGUCUUGAGCAUCUCGUUCUGCACUGCGGUAGUCUGCGAGGCCAUUUCCUGGCUCCUCAUCUACCGCACCACCUCCUACAAGUCUCUUCGGUCCUCCAUCGACAAGGCUGCCAAGAAGCUGGAGACCAUGAAGACCGAGUCCUCCCCCGCCAAGCUCGCCAAGAAGUCCAAAACCAAGAAGAUGGACCGCGUCGAGAGCAGUCUCAAGGAGUCGAGCCGCGACCUCUCGCUCUUCAAGUUUAAGUCUGGCGCCGUGGUCGCGCUCGUCCUCUUCGUCGUCUUCGGCCUCCUCAACUCGCUCUUCGAAGGCAAGGUCGUGGCCAAAUUGCCUUUCAGGCCCUUCGGGAUCGUCAUGAAGAUGAGCCACAGAGGCCUGCAAGGCGACGAUCCGACCGAUUGCUCCAUGGCGUUCCUCUACUUCCUCUGCUCCAUCAGCAUCCGCACCAAUCUGCAGAAGUUCCUAGGGUUUGCUCCACCACGUGGCGCCAGCUCUGGCCUCUUCCCCAUGCCAGAUCCCAAAACCAAUUGAUCUUGAUCUGACCAUGAGGGAGCUUGCGUGGGAUGACACUCGCAACAUCAACAAGAGGUCUUGGAGGCUGCGGUAAGAGAGAAUGCACUGUGAUUUACGUACAGAUAUGGAGCAGUUGACAAGGAUCUUUUUAGCAAUGUCCCACAGGAAGGGUGCCUACUACGAAGC